UUAAAAGUCCGGUAUGCAUUAUUUUGCCUAUGGGAAGUCAUCCAGGGUGAUAUGUCCUUACUAUACUACCGAUAUCAUGGUUGGGUCGCCUGGGUUUCUUCAAGUCGUGGUCCUCGCGACACGUAGAACUCUAUAGCGCUGGCAUGGGCGGUUGUAAAUUGUUAAUUGAAGCCGCGGGAACAAACCAAGUUUAGGUUUCAGUGAUUUCAUACCAGACGGGUCGGGCGGUGGGUGUCCGCGAGUCCCAAGGCGUGUCCCAGGCUAUUCCAGCCUGGUUUGCAGCUCCUUCUCCAAUGCAACAGCCAUGACACCAAGAGUUUCGUUUCCAAGCACUGAUUCUACUAAUCUUCCAGCUGCCCCAAUCACUCAUCUUCCAUUCCGACGAAUCUCACUACCAAGCGUACCGAGCUCGAGCCUCUUAUCCGCCCAACACCGUCAAUCUGUCGCCAGUUUUGCAUCAUUUGAUUCUCUGCCCGAGGAGCCAGUCACACCUAACACACCAGCAGAUAUAGCACGAGAGGCAAAACGAACAAAGGUAAUAAGAGAGUUUUGGGAUACAGAAAGAAGUUAUGUGCAGGGACUGGAUCUCGUGCAUGAUCACUUUUUGACACCAAUCAUAGCGUCGCUCGAAAGUCCCCGUCCGCUUCUUACACGCACGGAAUUGAAUACCAUUUUCUCAAAUUUUAUUGACAUUUGGAACUUUCAUCAUGCAUUUUUCAGUGCACUAACUGCGCUGCUGUAUCCCUCUGUGUCUCACCUUGACGUCCCACACCCGCCUCCAAGUCCUAAUCCAGCACCCCUUUCAGCACUUCUUCUUUCGCAUUUUCCUUACCUCUCUCUUUACACCCCAUUUAUAACUGCAUUCCCAUGUUCUAUAUCCUUCCUUGCCCGUCCACCCGCGCCAUUUGCCAUAUUCCUACGAACCCAAGAGCGCGAUCCACGCUGCGGGCACCUGAAACUUACGGAUUGGCUCUUGAGCAUCGUACAAAGGUGCCCGAGGUAUGUAUUAUUACUCAGGGAAUUGAUAAAUGUAGAAAGGAGAGAAAAGGAAGGAGAGGGAGAAUGGGAUAGACUGGGAAAGCCAGGCCGCACCUUAAUCUUCCGCACUCCUCUCGUGAUAGACUCUGGCGGUGUAGCCAUAGAAGGCCCAGCAAUAGGAAGAGGCAGGCGAGAUCGUAUAUGCGAAUUUCUACUAUUCGACGACAUAUUAGUAUGGCUAGACUUCGAGCCGUCCACUCUGCGUGAUUCCCACUGGUUCACUCUCGCCGCAGAUGCUACUGCUAGCGACGAGCGGCAUACAUACACGUACAAGAACCACCUCUCCCUCGUCGAUAUCGAGGCAGUGCUCGAUCCGUCGCAUCACCCGCCCCGAAUGGAGGUGUUGAGCCCUGGAGGCUCGUUCGCGGUAUAUGCGGUCCCGUCACAGUCCCCGUCGCCGAAGCGUCUUUCGUCCUCUGCUUCGGAAUCUGCAUUGACCACUCGUCGUAUAACUCCCUUAACCUCGACAUCGAACGAUACUACUCUACAUACUUUUCUCCAUCUUUUGCGCCAGGCCCGAUCUGCGCUCCUGGCACGCGAUCCGUCAGUUGCGCUCCGGGGUGUUAGGAUGCGUGGGGUGUUGUGGGCGGAGGCAUAUGAACCUGAGGAGAGGGAUGAACGUGUGUCUCAGAUGCAAGAACCCGAAGAGCCUACUCCGGACACCCGACAGCAGAAGCUCCCCGAUUCAGCAUCUCAGCAGGCACCAAAUGUAACAACUCCAGAUCACGUAGAAGGGCUCCCUCCCUCCGCCCGACCCCAACGCGCACCCUUGCCCUUCCUACCCCCGGUCUGGGUCCCAGAUGCGAAGACAGAGGCAUGUAUGCGGUGUGCGCGCCAGUUUGGGUUUGUGAGGUUUACAAUGCCUCUACCGAUGUCUAUGUCUUUCUCUUUGCCGUCGUUUCCCUCGUUUGAGUGGGGGAGGGGUGCGAGUCAAGAUCAAGGGGGAAAGGGCACGGACGAAGAAGCAUUAGGUGAGGGCGGCGAGGGAAGUGCACAGGAAGGUGGGGGUGGUGGGGGAGAAGGAAGAGCUGGGGGUAGUGAAGGGAUGUGGAGAAGACGGCAUCAUUGUAGGCUUUGCGGAAGGGUUGUCUGCGCUGAUUGUUCCGGACGGGUAAGUCUUACAUUUCAUUCAGUUGUAUUUCACUGUUCUCUGUCGUUCGUUCGCUUUUCUUGCUACUGUUGAUCCUUUGGUUCUCUCAACUUCUCCCACCGCAAACUAACACUUCCAAAACCAGACAUUCUACAUUACCGACCCAUCCUCCCAAUCCCCUUCUGGCAAAAAC